AUGCAAUCAUUAACUGCCAUGCGGGACGAGUGCGCCCAGCAAACAACAGUCUUUGCAUAUCGUACGGGGUUUCAUUCCCCAGGCGCCGCCGCCAUGUCGCGAUCUGCUGAGGAUCUGGCUUUCAGUCUCGACUUCGGCUUCCAACACGAUCACGACUACGGCGCCGGACCCGGCCACGACCGCGUCGACUACGCCUGCCACGUCGGCUCGCAGAAGGGCCACGACAGCAUCAAGAGCAUGAAAGCCCGCAUCGUCGGCGCCAGCACCAUCGACGCCAGCAGCGCCGACGCCAAGACCAGCGACUCCACUGACGAAACCAUCAUGGCCUCUGGCAUCCGUGGGUCGCACAUGGCGCCCAUCCAUUCGAAGGACCUGGCCGACGACCAGGCCGAGGACUCGGAGGAGGACCAGCAGGAGGUUUGCGGAGCGGGAGGGCAGCGUCGAGGUCCGCCGCCUUCCCCUCCUCUCCGCCGCCGCCGUCUCCUCCUAAUUCCCGGUUUCCGUCCUGGGCCGCCCGGCCGCCUCCGAGACGUCGUUGAGGCUGCUCGAAUUUCACCACAGCAGGGCUGCGCCGCAGCGUGA